UUCCAGUUCAGCCAGACCCAGUACAAUCUGCUAGUCUAAAGUACUGUAGAAAAUGAGACAUUUCAAGAAAUAAAAGAAAAUUUUAAUAGCUUCUUACACUUCAGACUAUUAGGUAGAUUCAGGUUUAAUUAGGAUCUAUUUGCUUAAAAAAUACAUUUGAUUUUCUAAUCAUAAAGUUGGAAAAACUUGGUUGAAAUGUUAAGGCAGUUUUUCUGCUGAAGUGACAUAUAAACAGAUUGCAGAGGUAGUUCAGCUGUCACUGUACUUUUUGUUGAAGCAAAGUUUUGAAGGUAGAUUCAUGGCCUUGUGAUUCGCUACAACAGGAAGAGCUGAAAAGAUGUAGUGUGAACUUACUGAGAAGUACUCACUGAAAAUCACUGCUAAAAUCUGUUCGUAUGGUACCUGGAAAAAAAAAAAAGUGAAGCAGAGUAAGAUGUGAACUUACUAUGGUGACAACUAAGCACACACCCACAUAGCCAUUCACUCUUGCCAGCAGGAUGAAGGAGGGAAUUGGAAUAGCAAAAGAAAAACUUGUGGGUCAAGGUAAAGCCAGUUUAAUAACCAAUGGGGAAGGAAGGAACACAAAGCCAAGCGAAGCAAAAGAAGUUACUGAAAUACUCGGCCUCCCCAGCCAGUCUCUGAGCAACAGUCACCUUGGAAAGACCGAACUCCCAGCUUUUCUUGCAGAGCCUGACAUUGUAUGGUGUGGAGUAUCAUCUUGGUCAGGUCAGAUGUGCCUGUUCCUGGCUGCGGGGGCAGAGCGAGGCCUCAAGGCUGUGCAGGCCCUGCUUGGCAACAGCUCGCUCACUGCCCUGGGCCAGGCCUUGCCAACCUUGUUUUGGUCGCCAAUGUAAAAUAUAUUGAACAUCCGUGGGGGGCUGCUGUGAGGAAAGUUAACUCCUCCCCAGCCAGAUCCAGUGAAAACUUAAACUUAGUUAAAUACUGAAGUAAAUAAUAAGUAAAAUUUUUCAAAAUGGUUUAGGUUAAUGAGAAUGUUUAAAAUGUUAAAUGGUGGUAGGAUUUCUUUUUUUUUUUUUAAGCUUUCGUAUGUGAUCUUUGUAAGAGCAAAAUACCUUAACUGCUUGAGGACAGAAAAUCCUGUGAGAACAGUAGAAAAAUCUGCAACAUAAAACACGUAGUUUGUAAAAUUAAUCUGACUGGAGAAAUACUGUCUGUUUGCAUUGAUUUAUGGAAAAAUUCUCCCUUGGCAUCACACCCUAGCCUACAUACCCACCAGAACAACUUAACUUUGCAGAGUUUUUGUUGUCCGGGUGAGAAAGCCGUUUCUAAAAAAAGACUCAAAUAGCUAACGGGAGGUGAGGUUCAAAGGAGCUCAGUGCGGAACCUGCACGGCGGGCCCCGGGGCGCGUGUUCCUGCGCAUGCGCCCCCUCCCUUUUGUAGGGUCCUCCCGCCUUUCCCGCCUUUCCGCGGGCAGGGAGCUGCUGAGGCGGCACGGCCUCCGCUCGGGCGGGCCUGCCUGCGCGGCCGGGAGAGGCGUGGGGGAGCCCGAGGGCUGCGAGUUGGGGUGGGGACGUUGGGACGGAGCGGUGUUCCUGCUGCCUGCCGGAGGGUGUUGGACUCCCUGCCGCUGGUGGGUCCCCUCCGUGUGAGGCGGCGGCGGCCGUGGUGGGCGCUGCGUGGCGGCGGGUGGUGAGAGUGGGAAUGAGGCCAUCGCAGGGCAGAGGGAGAGGGAUGAAGGGUGUUUGGGUGGAGAGUAAGGAACAGGGAUAGGACACCGCGGUGCCCCUCUGACAUCUCCAGUGGCUUCCCUCCAAAACCUGCUGUGGGGGUGGUGUGGUGCGGGCCCAUGGCUCCCCUGCUGCUCUGAGGGAGAAACAGGUGGGCCCCUGUGAUGAAAAGCCCCAUGUAGUAAAGUCACACAAAUACUGGUUUAUUUCACAUCUUUUUGAGCAGGGUGAAAAAAGGAGGCGAGCCUCUGAAAAAUCAUUGAAUACACAACGGUGGUUUGAAGAUAACUGGAAUCUGCUAAAGCAGUAAGAAAAUCUCAUUAUGGCACCAUCGGGAAGAAAGCAUGGAGGAAAAGCUGCUAAAACAGCACAGGAAAAUCAAGCCAUACCUGCCUACGACUUUCAGGAGGAAAGAAAAGAUCUGAGUGGAUCAGAAGAAGAUAUUAGAGAAGGUGAAACACUGAUAAUGGACAAGCAUGGAAAGAAAAGACCUUUGGUGACUACUCAUGUGGUUCCAGAUGAUGUGGGGGGUGAAGUACAGAAUAUGCUGGAAAGAUUUGGAGCUGACAUUAACAAGGCUCUCUUAGCUAAGAGGAAAAGAUUAGAAAUGUAUACAAAAGCCUCACUCAAAACCAGUAACCAGAAGAUUGAACAUGUCUGGAAAACACAGCAGGAGCAAAGGCAGAAGCUCAAUCAUGAGUUCUCCCAGCAGUUCCUGACUUUAUUUCAGCAAUGGGAUAUAGAUGUGCAGAAAGCAGAAGAGCAGGAAGAAAAACUAACGAACAUAUUUCGUCAGCAACAAAAAGUUUUUCAACAGGCAAGAAUAGUUCAGAGUCAGAGACUGAAAACCAUUAAGCAACUCUAUGAUCAAUUCUUAAAGAGCAUGGAAGAGCUGGAGAAGAACAAUGAAAAUCUUCUAGCUGGUGCACAAAGUGAGCUUCGGAAAGAAAUGGCUAUGUUGCAGAAGAAGAUUAUGAUGGACACUCAACAGCAGGAGAUGGCAACUGUUCGCAAGUCUCUUCAGUCCAUGUUAUUCUGAUGGCUCAAUGGAGAAACAACUUCUACCUACGUAACAUGAUACAAGUAUAGGCAUUAGCCAUAGAGAAAUAUGUUAAGAUUUAAAUGUUUCAAAGUUCCUAUUAAAUGCUUUCAAGGAUUGUUCUAAUCUUGUGUCUCAUAAUGUUUUAAGAACAUAUAUUAGUAAAUUUAUUACUUUGGGGGUGAGCAGUAUGGACCCCAAAACAUUUACUGUGUCCAAUUUAACUACUUAAUACUCAUUUUCAGUAGGAUUAGACUGUUAAAAUUGUUCAUGUUUUAUAAUGCCAAAUUGUUAACAGUGAGCAGAAUUAAUAAAAAAUGCAUUACCCAGAUUUUACGUAACUUUAGGCCUUCAGGUGCAUUGUGCAAAUAGAAGCAUUUUUCACAAGCUGCAGACUUUUAAGGUUUUCAUAGUUUCAACAUUUAGUCUAGCGGCAUAUCAGCAGUUAUGAAAGUUCAGAGAAUAUGACAUAGCUCAUGUAAGAUUGUUUGAUGAUGUGUAUUAUGGUAAAUUAAAUUUACUCUUUUGUUAGGCUGGGCAUUGUAGUAUCUUUGUAUUAGUAAGAGAUUUAUGAACUGCUGUAAUUUGCCCAAAAAGCAAGUUUCUUUAGUUGAAUGAUGAGCUGAGUAUCACAGCUUUAUGACAUCUGUUCAAGUAAGCAUAAUUAAACAUUAUGCAUUCUGGGGUAUAUAGAUCUUGUAAACCCACUGCUAGAAGUAAUCUAGCUCAUUUAUUUAGUACAAGUUAUUACAAGGCUUUUGAGAUGGAAUAUUACUCUUUGAAUUCUAAAUGACUAGCAAUUUAGGGAGGCCUAAGUUUUAAGGAUAAAGCAUUUAUCUUUCAUGUAUCUCAUUGUAGUAAAUCAGCAUGAAUGAAACAAUCAGCUUAGCUUGCAUGCAGUUUGUUUUUACAGAAAACCAUUAUGCCUGAAUAUCCACUUUGACAAAUUAGGGAGCUCCUAACAUAUUUAAUGCUUACAUACAGUAGUAGAUAAAACAAAAACCAUACACACACACACACACCCCCUAACAUAU